UCUUCAAAGUUUUAAAAUCCACACCCCUACCCCCCAAAUGAAGUGAUUGGGAAGACCUUUGUAGGAGGUGCUGAUGAUUUUUCCUUCACGAAAAGAGGCAUGUGACUUGGACCUGCCAUGGAUUUGGCCGGCAGAGCAGGAAGGAGGCUGGGCAGUUCACCCUUGUGUACUGUUUUCCAGAGCAGGAGUUACUUUAACUUUUAGUUGGACUGGAGGAGCUCUUAAUUUGAGGCCAUGUCCAGAGAUGGUCUUUCUGACUUUUGGCUUGUCUUACCUAGAAUUCCUGGUAGUGGAUUCAGGGUUUCCAUUUUGGCCGUAGAAGGCUUUGCCAAGCAGGUACUCAGACACUACUGGGUUAAGCCUCUGGCCUUCUGGACUUCCUUCUGUGAACUGGACUGGGAAAGUGUCCCGAGUUCCUGACAGCUGCUCUACAUGGAAGGGCAAAAGCAACCCCCAGAGCGUGCUGGUCUGGCUGUACUGGCUCCCCUGGCUGCUCUGUGGGCCGUCACAAUGGAGGGUGGGGGACAGUCCUGGACAGGACCUCACAGCCCCACUGUGAGCUCCUUUGGGAUCUCUAGGGUACCCACGUGAAGUCAUAGCUUACUGUGACUUACACAGGCCCCUGAGGAUGAAGGUAACAGUCCUGUGAGCACUGAGGCUGGGCUGGGACCAACACCUGAGCCAUGGCUCCAGCACUCUGAUUCCUGGCCCAGCCAUGCUGCUGAGGGUGCACAGCCCAGGCCUACCAUCGCCCCCACCCUUGGUGGCAGAACCGAGCACUACCCAGCAAGGUGUAAUUACUUCAAGCCUGCAGGAUGGCAAUCCAGUUCCGUUCGCUCUUCCCCUUGGCAUUGCCUGGGAUGCUGGCACUUCUCGGCUGGUGGUGGUUUUUCUCUCGUAAAAAAGGCCACGUCAGCAGCCAUGAUGAGCAGGUGGAGGCUGGUGCUGUGCAGCUGAGGGCUGACUCUGCCAUCAAAGAAUCUCUUCCCAUGGAAGACGUCUGUCCCGAAGUAGUGUCCGUGCCCCCCAGCGUCACAGAGCCGCCAGAAAAGGAACUGUCCACCGUGAGCAAGCUGCCUGCAGAGCCACCAGCAUUGCUCCGGGCACACCCACCUCGCCGAAGAUCAGAGUCCUCGGGCAGUCUUCCUAACACCAUAGACAUGAGAUUGCGACCAGGAACACGCAGAGACAACAGUGCAAAGCUGGAGCUAGCCCUGACAGGUGGUGAAACCAAAUCGAUUCCUCUAGAGUGCCCCCUUUCAUCUCCAAAGGGUGUACUAUUCCCCCACAAAUCAGCUGAGGUGUGUAAGCAAGAGUCCCCGUUCAGUAGGGUGCCAGGGAGGGGCCAGCCAGGCUACCCUGCAGCGCCCCCAGAGAAGCAUGGCUCUGGGGAGAGGGCAAGAGAGACAGGUGGGGCCGAAGGGACCGGUGAUGCUGUGUUGGGGGAAAAGGUGCUUGAAGAAGAUCUAUUGUCUCAGGAGCAUGUCUUGGAAUUGGAGAACAGCAAGGCCCCCAACCUAGCCUCUUUAGAAGGGGAAGAAGAGAAGGGGAAGAGCAGCUCAUCCCAGGUGGGGCCGGUGCAGGAGGAAGAGUAUGUAGCAGAGAAGUUGCCAAGUAGGUUCAUCAAGUCGGCUCACACAGAGCUGCCAAAGGACGAUGUGGCACCAGCACCCCCAAUCACAGAUGCCAAAGCCCAGGACAGAGAUGUCGAGGGAGAACUGGGCAAUGAGGAGAGCUUGGAUAGAAAUGAGGAGAGCUUGGAUAGAAAUGAGGAGAGCUUGGAUAGAAAUGAGGAGGGCCUGGAUAGAAAUGAGGAGGGCUUGGAUAGAAAUGGGGAGGGCUUGGAUAGAAAUGAGGAGAUUGAGCAGGCUGCCUUCCAGAUAAUCUCCCAAGUGAUCUCGGAAGCAACCGAACAGGUGCUGGCCACCGCAGUGGGCAAGGUUACAGGUUGUGUGUAUCAGGCCAGUCAGCUCCAAGGGCAGGAGGAAGAGAGCUGUGUCCCAGUUCACCAGCAAACUGUCUUGGGCUCCGACACUGGGGAACCUGCCACAGCAGAGGCAGCUGCUGCCCCGUCGGAUGCUGCCCUCCCCUCGCCAGGCCUACCAGCAGAGGGCUCAGCACCACCAAAGACCUACGUGAGCUGCCUGAACAGCCCUCUGUCCAGCCCCAUCAAGGACAGUAAACCAAAGAUCUCUGCACACCACAUCUCUUUGACCCCCUGCCUGCCACCGACCACUCCUGGUGAAGAGUCGCCGGACCGGGCGGGCAUCCUGGUGGAGGAUGCCACAUGUGUCACCUGCAUGUCAGACAGCAGCCAAAGUGUCCCUUUGGUGGCUUCCCCAGGACACUGCUCAGAUUCUCUCAGCACUUCAGGGCUUGAAGACUCUUGCACAGAGACCAGCUCAAGCCCCAGGGACAAGGCCAUCACCCCGCCACUGCCAGAAAGUACUGUGCCCUUCAGCAAUGGGGUGCUGAAGGGGGAGUUGUCAGACUUGGGGGCUGAGGAUGGAUGGACCAUGGAUGUGGAAGCAGAUCAUUCAGGAGGUUCUGACAGGAACAGCAUGGAUUCCGUGGAUAGCUGUUGCAGUCUCAAGAAGACUGAGAGCUUCCAAAAUGCCCAGGCAGGCUCCAACCCUAAGAAGGUCGACCUCAUCAUCUGGGAGAUCGAGGUGCCAAAGCACUUAGUCGGUCGGCUAAUUGGCAAGCAGGGGCGGUAUGUGAGUUUUCUGAAACAAACAUCUGGUGCCAAGAUCUACAUUUCAACCCUGCCUUACACCCAGAGCGUCCAGAUCUGCCACAUAGAAGGCUCUCAGCAUCAUGUAGACAAAGCGCUGAACUUGAUUGGGAAGAAGUUCAAGGAGCUGAACCUCACCAAUAUCUACGCUCCCCCAUUGCCUUCACUGGCGCUGCCUUCUCUGCCAAUGACAUCCUGGCUCAUGCUGCCUGAUGGCAUCACCGUGGAGGUCAUUGUGGUCAACCAGGUCAACGCCGGGCACCUGUUCGUGCAGCAGCACACACACCCUACCUUCCACGCGCUGCGCAGCCUCGACCAGCAGAUGUACCUCUGCUACUCUCAGCCUGGAAUCCCCACCUUGCCCACCCCGGUGGAAAUAACGGUCAUCUGUGCCGCCCCUGGUGCGGACGGGGCGUGGUGGCGAGCCCAAGUGGUUGCCUCCUACGAGGAGACCAACGAAGUGGAGAUUCGAUACGUGGACUACGGCGGAUAUAAGAGGGUGAAAGUAGACGUGCUUCGGCAAAUCAGGUCUGACUUUGUCACCCUGCCAUUUCAGGGAGCAGAAGUCCUUCUGGACAGCGUGAUGCCCCUGUCAGACGAUGACCAGUUUUCACCUGAAGCAGAUGCCGCUAUGAGCGAGAUGACAGGGAAUACAGCACUGCUUGCUCAGGUGACAAGUUACAGUCCAACUGGUCUUCCUCUGAUUCAGCUGUGGAGUGUGGUUGGAGAUGAAGUGGUGUUGAUAAACCGGUCCCUGGUGGAGCGAGGCCUUGCCCAGUGGGUAGACAGCUACUACGCAAGCCUUUGACCCCCGAUUCCCCAUGCUGCUUCCUGAGAGUCUUUUUUUGCACUGUUGAAACCGGGCUUGGCACUCAAGUCAAAGAUUAACAUCAGAAUAACAAACAUUGCCCUCUCCAGAAAGUCCUUUCUUCCUCCAUACUGUAGUCCUAUUGAGAAGACGUUUCGUCUCUGAGAAAAAAGGAUGAAACCGUGGGUUCUCUUCUCAAAGCUAAAGGAUAGUGUUUAACAAGCCAGCUGGCUUAUCCUGGUUCUCAGCUGUUCAAAAAAAAAAAAAAAAAAAGAAAAGAAUAGAAACAGUCUCAACCAGAUUGUCCUCUUCCCCUGUUCCAUUCCCUUCUUCCUUCUAUCUCCUUCCCCGGCAAUAUCCAAACAAACUGGCAGACAGGCCAGGGAUGUGUGUUGCUUGCUUGAGAGGGUUUCUUUUACUUCAAAUCUUUCUUCAGGGAGCAAGACAUGAACUGACUAAUUGGUAUCCACUACUUGUACAGCUUACAUAAAUGAAUUGAUGGUAUUUAACCAGUUUUUAUAAACUUCAUCUAGGUCUCUAAAUACAGACUUUUUAAAUUGCAGCUGUAAAUAUGAAGUGGUCAUCACUCCUGACCUUGGUCAGUGGGGAGGGGAACUGGUAUCCUUCGAAGCCUGGUUGUAAUUUGUACCCAUUUUCUAUUUGUGCAAACUCUGUAAAUAUGUGUUUAAACAAAUGUAAUAUUUUGUACAAGAUACACUGGAGAACAAAGGGAACUCAAGACUUUUCCAGCCACAUAUCACCUGUAAGUAGAAGUCAACUCUGCAGUGCAGCUGCCACCCUUGGCCCCUCUGGCCAGGGCCCCUGUGGCUUCCUGCACACUGGACGGUUGACUGGAUGGUAGAGACUGUGAUCUGGGAACUUUUUGCUGUACAAAUCUGUUAAAAAAAAAAAAAAAAAGUAACUCAUUGAAUUACCUUGCAGUGGUGUGUUUGAUUCUUUUUUAGACUGGCUUCAGCAUUGUGCAGUUUAAAAAUAAGUAACUUAAGUCACUUAAACUUACAUAAAUCUUCAAUUGUAUGAA